CAUGUCUGUUUGUAAGUGUAGCGUGCCAUGUGAGACACUGCCCGUACUUACUGCGUCACCUAUGCACGGUGUAAUAUUGAAUUUAAAAUUGUUGGUAAACGAUUUUGUUUUUACUAUUAAGUAACCGUUAUGAAUGAUGAUCAGCCUUCUUGUUCCGGGACCGAUGUUGUCUGUGUGUUAGGCGCUUCGCCAGUAAGGAAAAACGCAAAAGGAAAGCUUGUUUGCUCGCGACAAAAAGAAUUGGUAAUAAAUAUUUAUAAGUCGCAACUGUUGGAACACCCUGACAUUAAAUAUAAGGAAUUAGUACUAAAAGUGAGCAAAUUAACUGGAGUGGGCCGGACUACAAUUGUCAAGACGAUUUCUGAAUAUAAAAAAAACGGUGUAUUAAGAUCUCCAAAUAAAACUAGAAACCGAGAUAAAGUAUCCGAUAAAGUCGACAAGUAUGAUAAAUAUGCAGUGCGCCGAAAAAUUCACAAUAUUUGGUUUAAACGUCAAAUACCGACGCUCAACAAAAUUCUGGCUUCCGUUAACAAAGACCCUAAACUACCAAACUUUUCUCGGUCAACAUUGCACCGUCUGUUGAACGAUUUAAAUUUUGUACACAGCAAAAGAGGUCGAAACAGCGGAUUGAUCGAGAAGGACGAAAUCGUUAUUGGGAGGAAUACAUAUUUAGAGCAAAUAAGGAAAUAUCGCGCAGACGGACGGGCCGUUUACUUCCUGGACGAGACAUGGGUAAACGCGUGGGACGGCCCUGACAAGACAACGCAGUCUAGCAGAGACUCGUCGCAGAAAAAAAGUGCUGCCAAACCGAGUGGCAAGUGCAAGAAACGUUUAAUUAGCCUCGACAUCGGUUCGGAAGACGGGUUCGUCCCCGGCGGGCUAUUGGCUUAUGAGUCCGACGAUGAAAUGAACGAGCGUACCUUUUUCGAUUGGAUCAAAGGAGUGUUGCCACUGUUAAAAGACAAUUGCGUCAUAGUCAUGGACAACGCGCCCCAUCACAACGCAAAGGCCACGGCGGGUCCAACGCUAAACUGGAACAAAGCCGACAUCGAGAAGUGGUUGGAGAAAAGAGGCGAAGUUUUCGAAAAGCCCACCAUCAAGGUACGGCUAAUGGAAAUGGUGAAACGCAUUAAACCGACAUACGACAAGUACGUUGUUGACGAAUACGUCAAAGAGCACAACAGGGUGAUAUUGCGGUUACCGCCCGACCAUAGCGAGCUAAACCCUAUGGAGUCUGCUUGGUCGGUGGUUAAGGACCACGUGAAAAUGAAAAACACCACAUUUGAAUUGCAAGACGUGCAUAGACUUGUCCGCGAUGGAAUCGGCCGCUGCACUCCAGAAAUGUGGAAAAAAUUUAGUCGACAAACGAUAAAAGAAGAAAACAGACUUUGGGAGAUAGACUUUGUCGUAGAUGAAGUGAUGGAAAACGUGUGUCCGACUAAAACGACCAAUUUAGGAGAAGCCUCGUGGGAUACCGAUACCGAUUACGAUUCCUAAUAAUUACUUAAAAAAUUAUUAUAUCAUUAUUUAGACUAUAAGUGUUUUUUAAUGUUUGUUUAAGUAUGUGUAUGUAGAUAUUUUUUUCGUUAAUUUUUUGAAAUGAAAAUUCAAAAGUCCUACAUUUGUUUAAUGUUUUUUAGUUACAUAAUAUACAAUAAUAUUGUUGAUUUAAA